CAGACUGCAAUUUCUAUCUAAUUGUAAGGAAGGCUCUGGAUCAUCCUUAACAAGAGACGCUGAAUGUUUAGCAUUGCUGCUUUGGAUUGUUGAAUGUGAAUUGGAACUGCUGUAUUUACUAGGUUUGCUGGGAUGGGUAAUCUUCUUAAGGUCCUUACCAGGGAAAUUGAAAACUAUCCACAUUUUUUCCUGGAUUUUGAAAAUGCACAGCCCACAGAUGGGGAAAGGGAAGUAUGGAAUCAAAUCAGUGCAGUUUUACAGGACUCAGAAAGCAUGCUUGCAGACCUCCAGGCUUACAAAGGAGCUGGACAAGAAAUUAGAGAUGCAAUUCAAAACCCCAAUGAUAUCCAGCUGCAGGAAAAAGCAUGGAAUUCAGUAUGUCCUCUGGUUGUAAGGCUGAAGCGCUUUUAUGAGUUUUCACUCAGAUUAGAGAAAGCCCUGCAGAGCUUAUUGGAGUCCUUGACAUGCCCACCUUAUACUCCAACUCAACACCUGGAACGGGAACAGGCUUUAGCUAAAGAAUUUGCAGAAAUCUUACAUUUUACUCUCCGUUUUGAUGAACUUAAGAUGAGAAACCCUGCAAUUCAGAAUGACUUCAGUUAUUACAGGCGAACAAUAAGUCGCAACAGAAUAAACAAUAUGCAUCUAGACAUUGAGAAUGAAGUAAACAACGAAAUGGCCAAUAGGAUGUCCCUGUUUUAUGCAGAAGCCACACCAAUGCUGAAAACACUCAGUAAUGCAACUACAUAUUUUGUGUCAGAAAACAAAACUUUGCCAAUUGAGAAUACAACGGAUUGUCUCAGUACUAUGGCUAGUGUAUGUAAAGUCAUGUUGGAAACACCAGAGUACAGGAGUCGAUUCACCAGUGAAGAGACUCUUAUGUUCUGCAUGCGAGUAAUGGUGGGAGUUAUUAUCCUGUAUGAUCAUGUUCACCCAGUGGGAGCUUUCUCAAAGACAUCAAAGAUUGAUAUGAAGGGUUGCAUAAAAGUUUUAAAGGAACAACCUCCUGACACUGUGGAAGGACUUCUGAAUGCCCUCAGGUUCACUACAAAACACCUGAAUGAUGAAUCUACUUCAAAACAAAUCCGAGCUAUGCUGCAGUAGCAUCCUGAGACAAAUAGAUGUUUGUAUUGGCCACAGAAGAUGUGUAUGUUUACAUAAUUUAAUACUGUUUGAUGUUAAUACUUGUGUGUAUUUACAUAACCAUUUACUUCACACUGCUAAAAUAUAUGAACCUGUAGUCAUAACCUGACUGACUUUAUAUAGUGCAGCCUAAGGUUUUAUGCUAGCCUUUAUCUUUUGACUUUUAAAAUGCCUUUUUACUUAAAUAUUUCAUCUACAUCUACAACAGUGUAUCAUCUGUGCAUUUUAAUCCUCAGCCUUCUCUUCCACAGAAGUAAGUAGUAAAGACAAAAUGGAAUUAAAUAAACAGAAAUAUUGAAUAGUUAUCAGAGAAGUAAAAUUUAAAGGAGUAGAAAAUAAUUGUAAGUGAAAAUAAAAUU